AAGCAACGACUGACGCGAAUCUGGAUUAGCACUUAGGAGUUAAGUUUUCAAUAUGUUUGGCUAAAUAGGCGGUGUUGAUGCUUCGUUGAGUCAGGGAGCCACUGGAAUCUACUAAGUUAGAAACUAGUAACACGUAGAUGCACCGUAGUGCAUGUAUGUGAAGCUGCGUUUACACUUGUUUCACGUUAAGUUUCAUUAGUACGCUGAAGGCUUCGAGGCUAGGCGCCCGCCUCAGUCGCGCGCUCUAGGUAUUCUAGGUUGCCCUAGUGCUAUACUCGUACGAUGAGUUGAUGAUAGUGCAUCUCUAUAUUGAUAUUCUAAGUGCUUUCGUUAUAGUCGAAAGAUACUAAUUGUAACGACCAAUUUUCAAAUUAUUAUUUUUCUCAAUUUAGAGAUAAAAUUUAGACAGAUACAUUAAAAGUUUCGAAUUUUAAAUGAACGCGACCAAAACCAGACAAAGGUAUAAGAGUACCUACUUUUUAGGAUGUAAUUGAUGAACAACUUUUUUUUUAACUAAAAUUUCAGUGCAGUUAUGAAAUAAAUAAUUUUAAUCAGUCAUUUGUCCAUUUGUUUGUAAGUUCCAAACAGGUCAAUAUUCGUAAAGUGUGUAAAAACCUUUCGUUGCAGUCUCAUCGCGUGAUAAAAAAAACAUAAAAAUUGUACUAAUGUGCUUACAAACCGAGUGCUAAGUCGUAACAUUCAAGUUAGUCAAGUGAUAAGUGUUAUUUGUACACUAUUCCAGUACUAUCCUUAUCUAAGGAGGUUAUACAUACACGUGUUGCAUCGUUGAGCGCUGCCUCAGAACUUCACUAAACCGAACCUUGUGAACAGGAAAAUGUUUAUGUAAGUUGAAAACAUGCGGCGUAGGUAGAGAUGGUGAAGUGAGCGCGGCGAGAUGGUGCCGUGUGUGGUAGCUGCGCUGCUCCUGGCCACGUCCGCGCGCGCCCUCGACAUAUCUCAAUGCAUCGCGCCCCUGGGCAUGCAGAGCGGGCUCAUACCGGACAAGGACCUGAGCGCCAGCUCGUCGUUCAACGACGGGAAUGUGGGACCACAAAAUGGAAGGUUAAAUCAAGAGAUAAAAGGCGGCGCUUGGUGUCCCAAGUCCCAGAUCACGACGGAGUCAACCGAAUGGCUGGAGAUAGACCUGCGGUCCGUCCAUGUGAUCACGGGAGUGGGCACGCAGGGCCGCUUCGGCAACGGCCAGGGCGCGGAGUACGCGGAGGCUUACGUCAUCGAGUACUGGCGGCCUAAGCUUGGGAAAUGGGUGCGCUACCGCGGCUCGGACGAGAAGGAGAUAAUGCAGGGCAACACGAACACGUACUUGGAGAAGAAAAACCACCUGGACCCGCCGAUAUGGGCUCAGAGGAUCCGCGUCAUACCUUACAGCUUCCACCGGCGUACCGUCUGCAUGCGGGUCGAGCUCUACGGCUGCUACUGGAGCGUCGGCAUUGUAUCAUACAAUAUGCCCAAAGGCGACAAGCGCAGCAACGGCGUGGAGCUGACCGACAUGAUCUACGACGGCACGUGGGGCGACGAGCUGCGCGGCGGCCUCGGCCAGCUGGUCGACGGCAAGUUCGGCGGUGACGAGAUCCGCGAGGCCUCGCAGAACUCCGCCUGGGUCGGCUGGAGGAACGACACCCGGCCCAACCCGCCCGCCAUCGUGUUUGAGUUCGACAAAGUGCGCGAGUUUAGCGCCGUGCAUCUUUAUUGUAACAACAAAUUCAUGAGAGAGGUUCAGGUGUUUUCGGAGGCGAUCAUAUCGUUCUCGAUCGGCGGCCACCACUUCCAAGAUGAGCCCAUUCGCUACACGAACGUCGAAGACAACAUCUUCGAGAGCUCUCGCAACGUGAGCAUCAAGUUACACCACCGCAUCGGGAAGUGGGUCCGCAUCGAGCUGCGGUUCUCGUCGCGGUGGAUCCUGAUCAGCGAGGUGGUCUUUGACUCCGACGUCGCCCAAGGCAACUACACUCCCGAGAGCCAAAAACCAUCCGGCGGCAAGGAGAAAACCAAACUUAUACCGAGCAACCCCCAGAUCCCCAUAUCGACCGCCCAUCAGGAGGACCCGCUCUACAUGGCCAUUGUCGUGGGGGUGCUCACGGCCCUAGUGAUACUUCUCGCCGUCGCCGUGUUCCUCAUCAUACACAGGCACAGACACAGAAAGUGCUUCGCGUCCCCCUUGGCUAAGACCACGGUCUCCCAGAAGAGGGAAGACAGCUAUAGCCGCUGCGGAACCUCGUCGCACGUGUCGAUGUUGCCGGCGAAUAAGAUGAAUAUAGACUGCGCGUUAGAUGUUAAGUCCGACGAGUACCAGGAGCCCUAUCAGGCUCUGAAGUGCGCGCCGUAUUUUAGUUAUAGCACAGUGUUGCUAGAGAUGAAAGACUUUGUUAAGGAUUCUAAUACAGCUUUAUCAGAUAGCUCAAACUACGACUACGCAGUGCCGGAGCUGAGCUCAGCGCCGCUGCUGACGAAGCGUCGGCUCGGCGACAGCCUGUCGGACCGCGCCACCGAGAUCAUGGGCGAGCGGCUCGACCUCGACGUGGACGCGCGGCUGUCCGCGGCCGGCUCUGUCCGCUCCAAGCACAGCGCGCGGUCGGCGAGCCAACAGGAGGUGUUCAUAGACAUGAAGCGGAGACUGGAAACGACCAACGUGAUAGAGUUCCCGCGACAUCGGUUGCGUAUGAUCUCUAAACUCGCCGAGGGCGCCUUUGGCACGGUGUACGUGGCCGAGGCGGACGGCGUGCCCGAGUACAACGGCACCAUCACUCCCGAGAAGCGGCUGGUCGCGGUCAAGUUCCUGUGCCACGACGCGUCCGCUAAGGAGAGGUAUAUCAUGGAAGAGUUCGAGCGCGACGUCCGCAUCCUCGCCGCGCUAUCAUCGCCGCACCUGGCCCGGGUGCUGGGCGCCUGUCGCUCGCCGCCACUCGCCGUCGUACUGGAGUACCUGGAGCUGGGCGACCUGUGCGCCCUGCUGAGAGCGGCGCCCCCUCCGCCUAUUGCGCUGUUAGACAUGGCCACACAGAUCGCUGCCGGGAUGCAGUAUUUGGAAUCGCUAAACUUUGUCCACCGCGAUUUGGCGGCCAGGAACAUCCUGGUCGGCAAAGGGUACCAAGUCAAGAUCAGCGAUUUUGGCACCGACAACGAGGCUUACGCCUGCGACUAUUACAAGGUGGACGGUCGCAUCCCCCUACCGUUGCGCUGGGCGGCGUGGGAGUCCGUCUUGCUCGGAAAGUACACGACCAAGAGCGACGUGUGGGCGUUUGCGGUCACCCUCCACGAGAUCUUCACCCUCUGCCGCCGCCGGCCCUACGAGCAUCUCACCGAGAACGAGGUCCUCGAGAACCUCUCGCACCUGCAACUUGGCGACGGUCUGUUCGAGGUGCUGGCGCGGCCGGCGGGCUGCCCGCGCGACCUGUACGACCUGAUGCGCGCGUGCUGGCGCCGCGACGAGCUGGCGCGGCCCUCCUUCGCCGACCUGCACCUGCUGCUGCAGCGCACGGCCGCGUGAUACAUGUGUUAAAGGCCUGAGCUUGCACCGUCUGCCGAUAAGUCCGUUUUUACACAUUCGCCCCUCAAUUAAUCCCUUGAGCCCCGCGGACGCGAUAUUGGGUCAGCGAUGACAAUCAAAAUUCAAUUGUACCUAAAAAUACAAACGAACCCCCUUAUUCAUAAACAUUUACUACGUAUUGGUAUGAUGGAAAGGGACAAACGAUGAUUAGCGGCUUCGUAACUUUAGUAGACGUUUAUGAAUAAGGGGGUAAGUCUAUAUGAAUAGGUUGAGGAAAUUUUAUACAGUGCGCUAUAGAGUUCUUCACUUCAUAAAUAAUAAAUUAUUCUUAUUUUUUAACGAUGGUAUCGCCUUGAGCUUAGUUUUGAUGCCUAUAUCCUUAUUCUCUCCUAUAUCGUUUUUGAGUAGAAAAUUUAAAUUCCUAGGACUCAAGAGAUUAAUACACAGAUAAAUAGACAUUUUGAUAAAAACUGACUUCGAGGUAUGAUCCUGCGCAACGGCCUUAGUGCAAACGCUGUACGUGAGCGAGCCCUUUCAGGGAACUCGGAGGCCUGUUCAUAAUGAAACUGUAACGCUACACAUUGUGGCAUUGAAGGUCGACUCCCACCGAUCCGGCGAUUAUUCGGAGAAAUUAAUUAUUAUUGAUGGUCGAAAAUAGAUAUACCCUAAGAAAAUAUCAUGCCUCCAAAUUUGACAGCUGUAGAAUAUAUCACUGUUCUGUCAAAUUGAAGACACGAUUUUUUCAUAGACUAUAUCGCUUCUACUAUCAAUGAUUCUUUGAUUCGGAGUAAUGCUGUAACACUGAUGCUUUUCAACAUAUCGCGGUCUGUUCGAGCAGUGUGAAAUUUAGGGCGACCAUACACUAGCGUCUUUUGAGCGUCAGCGUCUAGUCAGCACUAUGGAAAAUGGCGUCGAUGCGUUGUUGCGUCGAGUAGCAGCCACAGAGUUAACUAGACGCCGACACUCGGGAGACGCUAAUGUGGGGUGGCUCUAAGGAUCUAGAGCUCAUUUGGAUGGUGUAAGGCCUCGCAUGUGAGUUUCAUUAUAUUACGAUGUUUAACCGCUGAAUCGGAUGUAACCUUUAUAGUCCGCGAGGUAAUUAAACUCGUAUGCAAGUCCGCGCGCCGUCUAAAUUAGCCCUUACUUGUAUUAGCACCGAAAGACUACCUACGUCAACUUUCAUAGUGGAACAACUAAAUAACAUAUCUUGCACAAGGCUCAAUGGCUAUUCGAAAUUGAACUUAAACUCACAUAGUUCGAAGUGUACCAAGUUUAUAUGACAGCUAUUAUAUUAUCAUGUUGGCAUUAGGAUGCAAGUACCUAGUCGCAGAGACAGCGAAAGAAGUAGCUACAUGGACGGAGAACUCGAAAAGACUAAACUAUCACUUCUUGGUGUUUUGAAUUGAUUCUUUCGCCUUAUAGAUUCUGAGGGCCUACCGCGAAAAACGAACUUUCGUUAUCUACUUCUCUUCCGUCUUCGUGCGAUAGAGAGGUUUUGGGUAGGCCCUCUGUUGUCGGAUUUUUGACUGGUAGAAAUAGCGCAUAGAUCCAUCUUGAGGCCAUUAAAUUACGAUAUCAAAUAGUGCAAGUUGACUUGUUUUGUAUAAGUUUUGUACUUAACUUUGCAUCCACCAUAAUGCUUAUAAAGAGUUACUUAAGACUGGACCCUAAUAUGACUUAUUGUAAAUAAUUCUGAAGCAUAAUAUUUGACAAAUAUACACCGUGUUGAACGGUAAGGUUGUGUCAACUAGUUCAUAUGAAUUGUCACUUUGAUAGAUAUGAAUUAAGUUGAAUAUAUAUCUCGAAUAUCAAAUAAGAACUUGGUACUUUGCUAAUGAAUUUCUGACUUCUUGGUCGUAGCGAGUACAUAUUCACUUGCGAUUGUAAGGAUUCUUAAACGUUGGCUUUGACUCAGGUCUCACUCUACCGGUUCGUCAAGCUUUUGGAUCUCUUUCUUAUUUUCAAACGAAUUCAGAUAAAAUUUUCAUUAUUAUAAAAGGAUUGUAUUGUGAGUAACAAAUUUCACGACAGGAGAAAAAAUAGUCCAUAUUCUCUCGUAGAGCAAAAUAUGAUAUAAGUAGGUACGUUCAAAUGCUCGGCAUAUUUAUUAAUAUUAGCUUGAGUAUUUACAGACGUCCUGCAAAUUAGAACGACUAAAAUUUUACUCUUUGAUUUAAAUGACAUUUAGGGCGUGUUUCACAAUGUUCAAGUAAAGUCCUGAAUAAACUACUUGCCACUUAUCUGACGAAUAAAGUCAUCGUUGGCGUUUCACAAUCUUCAAAUAAGCUUAACUGGUAGAUGAAGUACCAAGUUUUGCAGGAUGUUUUAUCUGGCAGUUAAUUUAUUUUUUAAUUAGCUAUCCAAUACUUUACUUGGACAUUGUAAAACAGGCCCUUAGUGAUUGAACAGUGGGUUUAAUGUGGCUGCCGUUACCAUACGUCCUGUCAUACCAUCGAGGGCACGACUUAAGGGCUCAAGUGGAUAUGCGCCCGCUAACUUCAUGUAACGUUUCUCCAGCACGGGCGGUGCUACGGCGAUACGUAUUCAUUGAGGAUCGUAUCAAUUUCGCUUUUGUAAGACGUUCAGGCGAACUGUGUAUAGAAUCUAUGAAAUUGUACCUUAAGCGAUACUGCAAAAAUCUUAUGAUAACACUGCCUAAGAAUAUCCCUAUAAUGUGAAUCAUGACUACAAAUUGUAUUUAUGUAUCCAUUCGCGCACGCUACAAGAUCUCUUUUAAAAAUGUAUUGUUUUAUGUAAAUCGGACCUCACAGCAAGCAUUAUACACAUUCUAGUCAAGUAAGCAAACUGUUAGUAUUAUUUUUAUACAAACCUUUUUUUAUCACAUUGUUUCGUGACGGUCCAUUUUACUUUUUUUACACAAGUUUUAUGAAAUCAUCAUAAUUGUUAUUACACCACAAAUAGGUAAAUGAGUUUUGAUUUAAUAAAUAUAUGUUAGCAUAUUGAAGUGACGCUGUUUACGUUAUCCUGUGCAGCUAUUUUUUGACCACAUUCAAUCUAUGUAAUAUACCUACAAUAUGGAGAUUCACUUCAGUACGUUAUUAUUCUAUCAAUUUGUAUCGUGUUCGCAUAAAUACGCAUAGACAAUAUAGGUAUAGAAGCAUUCAUAUGAAACGGUGUCGACGCUACUCUAGUACUACCCUUUCACAAGUGAGCUACGUAUAAUAGACGCAUAAUCCCGAUCUUCCUACACUUCCUGAGCUGUUGUCGUUUUAAACGUAACGUCUCCUCUAUACGAUUGUUUAUCUUUGAGAAGUAAUGUAAACUUAUUUUAUAUACAAUAAAAUAAAUUCAAAUGAAAUGCAAUCAAGCUGGUACAGAUUGUAUAGAAUUUCGACGCAAAGAGUAUUUGUUUGUGUUGCUUGAGUGAUGAGCCUAUGUUGUAUUGGCAAAUCGAAUAAUAACGGUCUAAAUAUUUUUAAAUGGUUAUCGGCCUAAAAUCCUGCUAGUGAGCAGUGGCGAAAGUAUUGUUUUGUCAUAAUGUUCUUUUUAAUAUUGGAAGUUGCUCACUAUUCAUUAUUGUUCACAUUUCCAUUUGUGUUUACUGCACAGAGUCCUUUGUAGUUCUUAUACUUUGACCAAACCCAAAACCAAAGCUUAGGCAAGUUUAGCCGCCGUCGAUCGUAUAGAGGACCCGUUACAUAUAAAGUUACCAAUUCUUAUAGUCAUUUAUUUUCAUAUAACUUAUAUCAACGUAAAAUGAUACAACGUAAUAUUAGCUAGUAAGUCAUAGAUCUGAUUCGAUAGAAUGAAAUAUUAGAUUUAAUAUUAGUCGAAAGUCUAUUUUCCGUAGUUUGCUUCGUCGAAGGCAGUUUUAGUGACAAUAUGAGGAUAGGUAUCAGUGCGAGGUAGAAUUCUAUUUAUGGUAAAAGAUUUUGUUAACGGGCGGAUCUGGAGAUCUUUUUUAUGAUGUGUUACUGUGCCUACGCCGGGAUCAUUCGUUUUCGAAUGCGGAAUUCGUGUUUGUGAACGAUUGAUCGAUACAAUACGUGAUCAGGUGUAGAAACGCUUCAAGCUAUUGUGAGGGUUAUUUAAUUUAAGACUGUUGCAAGUUUAGUCUCCUGAUCCGUCUAAUUUCGUUCGGAUGCGCGGCCGGCGCCGGGAAUACUUCGAAAUUAUACAUCGAGUCACUUUUCACUAGUAAACAGCAAACGGCACUACUUUUUUUGCGUUUAGAAAAGUAUUCGCGGCGCUUACGGCCAUCCGAACGCGGGCUCAAUAUUAUUAUGCUGUGUCCACACUGGCUAGUGUAAAAUCAAGGCCAUAAAACGUGUACACUUUUGUAUAAUAAGUAACAUACAUAUUUAUGACCUUUAUUAUAGUACGGCGUGCCUCAAUGCCUAUAAUAAUAAUGUAACUAUCUCUUCGUACAUAAAAAAAUAACUAUACAAAAAAUAAAUGUUCAAGAAAUGGACGAGUAAUAACUGUGUAACUUAGGUAUAUUAUGUGUUUCAAUAAUUAAUGUUUAUGACGACCUACGUGCGGUCAAGGAAUUUAAUGUCAGAUUUCGAACCUUGUCACAGUGACAAUAGUAUAAGGUCACUAGCGAAUUUCAUAGGGAGCGUGCAUGAACUGUAGGAGGCAGCACAGGAGCCGUCAGAAUUUUGGCGCGAGGCGUAAAUGUGAUGUUUAUUGUGCCUAUGUAGCUCACAAGAUGGCAGAACCUACUAUGCACAAGAAAACAGGUGACGUGUAAAUGUACAUGUUUAUGGUACCGUUUCAGGCCACAAGAUGGCAAACCCUCCAACGCGCACGGUCCCUAUACUGAUUGUCGCUGCGACAAGGUGCGAAAUGGUACAGAAAUAUUUUUUUUUGUAUACCAUUGUGGCACGCCAAUUUGCACGACUACACCGGUGUGGACAAGCGUUUAGUGUUAACUGUUAUUUUCGCUAUUUAUCGACAAGGCUUCACUGGGCCCUAGCACUUAGGCGUAAGACUUUAGUUGGCAAGUAGUGAGCGACACAAGUACUUAUCGUACACUAAAGGAACCAAUGUCUUAUAGGGUUAGGCUAAUCGAAUACAUAGAGGUCUAAUUAUAUUUAAGUAAGUAGAGCUACGGAUUAAGGCGUUUUGUUUGGCGGCUUACCGGACGCACCCCGCCUACCCGGAAAUAAAACUAACAAGCUACAGUCGACUACACUCAAGAGCAAUAAAAGCAGGUCGCUUUGUUUUCCGCAUUAAGUGGCCUGUUUUCGUCGUUUUUGAGUUUUGGUUGGAUUCUGGGCUAAAGUACUUUGAAUAUUUUUCAAGUGACAAUAAUGUGAAAUUCCUCUUGGUUUUCAUACAGCUCAGAAUACAGAUUGGUCGGCCGGAAAUUGAUUCAGGAAUAUCUGAAAACACUUAAACCGGUUUAAAAAAAAAGUCUUUAUCUUAUAAUAUCACAUGUUUCAGUAGGUAUUGUUAUUUAUUUACGAGAAUCUGGAGCCCAUUUCUCGAACGGUGUCUAAUAUUAGGUAUUAGUGUGUUGCCGUGGUAACCCAUACGACUUGACAGGGGCCUAUUUCUCGAACGGUAUUAGACUAAUAUUACCACGAACUGUCAAGUCGUAUGAGUUACCAUGGCAACGCACUAAUAAUAUUAGACUAGGUGUUAGUCUAAUAUUAUUAGUCCACGAACUGUUAAGUCGUAUGGGUUACCAUGGCAACACACUAAAAUAAUGUUAGUCUAAUACUGUUCGAGAAAUGGGCCCCUGGCAGUAAAGAUCGUGUUGAUCCGGGUGGACAGGACGCGGCGCGGCCGCCCGCCGUGCGGCGACUAGUGACGUAAUGCUAGGCACUAAUAAUAAUGUACAAUAAAACACCCUCUCUGCCUUAGUGAUGCUAUUCUUACCCCUAAUGCUACGACGAUAUCACGUUAGAACGAAAUUUAUAAUGUAUCUUGUAAAUACGAAUUCUUAUAGCUGAUGUAAAUUAUUGAGCACUAUGGAAAACUUUAAUUCCUAACAAUGGUCCAAACUUCACUCGCUUUUUUAUUUGUACUAUACGAUUAUACAAUUUCUAUAUAGAUAAAUGAAAUAAUGAAACUAGACUAGAUACAUCUUAUGCUUUAAUUUUUAUUUUAUAGUUGUAAAACAUGUAUUUGUCGGAAUGCUUAAUUUUCAUAAUCAAAGUUUUAUGAAAAAAAGGUUGAUACCAAAUGCAGUAUUUUUAUUUUAUACUCUACAUCUUUGUACCCAAAUAAAAGCAAUAAUCUAUAAA